GUCAGCAGCCUCUGCAGACCGCUUCCAUCAUCAGCUACCACCGGAGCGAAUAACGGGACUCCGGGCGAAAUGCACCGACUCUUGCUAGUGUUUGUGGCCGCCGUCGGGGUUUCUGGGUUCGGCCUCCCCCGCCUGGAUGCCUCCCCGGCGGCCGAGCCUUGCGACGCCCCGCUGCAGUGGGAGGGAAAGUGGGUGUUGUACGACCACAGCACGGGCAGAAACAGCCGGGCCGCGGUCUCCUACGACGGCGAGAACCAGCGGAUCCGAGUCCUGCAGCAGCACAAGAAACACACUCCGUGUCAGAGGUUUUUUGAGUACAUCUACCUGUACCAGAGCAAGGUGAUGUUCCAGAUCGACCAGAAGACCAAAGAGUGCUCUAAGGUGGCUCUGACCGAGGCCUGGGAUCCCUUCGACAUCCCGAUUAACUCCACCUUCGAGGAUCAGUACUUCAUCGGAGGCCCCGGGGACAACGUGGAGGUGCAGGAGUGGUCGGACAGGAAGCCGGCUCGUCAGCAUGAGACCUGGGUUGGCAUUUACACCCUGAAGGAUUGCUACCCGGUGCAGGAGACCUACACCAAGAACAGCACCGUCACCACCUCCACCCGCUUCCUCAGCCUGCAGCUGGGCAUCAGCGACCCCAAAGUCUUCACCCCGCCCUCCACCUGCCAGUCGUCUCGGCCGGAGAGGAUGGCCGGGUUCUACUGCUGAGGCCUUCACCGAUAAUCAACAGCCUUUUCAGUCUGUAGCUGCUUCCUGGUACAACAAUAAACACUAAGAGAACAAAACACACGUAGCUGCUGUAGAAACUGUCACUAACGAUGCCAAGAUCUUCUGUUGAAACUUUACUUUAUUAAUUUAAAUCUGAAUGAAUAAAUU